UUUCAUCUCAUGCAUCAGGAGUGGAGGUAUUUGUGGGGGUGGAUUCUGUCCUGUUGCCCUGUCAGGUACCAGCUAAUGUUUCCAGAAGCUCCACAGCAGUGGUCUGGGACCGUGAUGAGUUCAAGAUCCCAACAGUCCACAUGCGUCUGCAUACCGGAGAUGAUCUGAAAGAUCAAAACCAGCGUUACUUCAGUCGAACGAUAAUGAGUGACAAAGCCCUGCAGACUGGAGACCUCAGCCUCACUCUUAGGAAUCCCACAGUCUCCGACAGUGGAAACUACACCUGUAUCGUCCGCAAAUAUGGACAAGAUGAGAAGCGCACUGAAGUAGAACUGAUGGUCAAAGAACCUCCACCAAGAGAUUUAAACCUAAAGGUUAUCUUAGGUGUCCUGAUAAGUUUGAUUCUCCUUAUUGCUGCUGUCUUUGGUUUCUGCAAGUUCCGCAGAAAUCAGAGGAAGAAGAGGGGUGAAGCUCUCCAGGUGGAUAUGGUGGAAGUGACAGAAUGGGAGAACUCUGUCUGGCUGCCCUUUAAAACCACUGUUUGCUUGCCUGAUGAUGUCACAGUGGAGUGGAAACACAAAGACAGGAAGAUAUUCGUGUAUCAGAACAGCCAAAACCAGCAUCUCUUACAGGACCAGGUUUAUAGAGGUCGCACUGAGAUGAAUGAAGAGCCUCUGAGAACUGGAGACUUGAGUCUGAAACUGAAUAACCUCCAAGUUACUGAUCACGGUGUCUACAUCUGCACCGUCUGUAACAAGAGUAAAAAACUCCUGAGGCAGAAAGUAGUGACGCUUAGUGUUAGAGAUAGACAGGUGGAGAUGGUGGAGGUAGCAGAUUGGGAGAAGAACGUGAAGCUUUCCUUUACAGCCACAGAUGACCUUCCUCAGGAUGUCACAGUGGAGUGGAGACGCUCUGACUCCAAACAGAUGAUGGUCUACAUGUAUCCGAGCGACCAAAACCAGAGAGACGAUCAAGACCAGUUUUACAGAGGUCGCACAGAGAUGAACAUGGAGCCACUGCGAACUAAAGACCUCAGUCUGACCCUGAAAGACCUCCAGCUUGCUGACAGGGGAGUCUACACCUGUACUGUCUACAACAAGGACAGAAAAAUCUUGCUUCAGAAAUCAGUUUCACUCAGUGUCAGGGGUGAGUGUAACAGUUGGUUCUGCACAUUACAGUCCUCUAAGAUAAGUUUUAAAUUGUAUCUUACAGCUCUUUUUUGCAACCAGCCUGUUACAAAAAAGCAUA